GUCUAAUUCCAGAGACCCAUUUGGCGGUGAACUCUGCGCGCAAAAAUGGGGAGCAAGAAGAAGAGGAAGAGGGGGGUGGUGCUGGUGGAGAGGCCAACCAUACACCCUCGAAACAAGUACUCCGACAACCCACCCGACUUCGCCCAAUUAGCCUCUCUGUACCCUUCUUUUGAGCCCUUUGUUUUCUUCUCUCGUGACGGUCGACCCAGAAUCGACUGGACCGAUUUCAAUGCCACCAGAGAGCUCACUAGGGUUUUGCUCCUCCACGAUCAUUCCCUCAAUUGGUGGAUUCCUGAUGGGCAGCUCUGCCCUACUGUGCCAAACAGAUCUAACUACAUUCACUGGAUUGAAGAUCUAUUGUCAUCCGAAAUUAUUACAAACACUCAUCCUAAAGGUGAUGGUGAAGUUGUAAGAGGUUUUGAUAUUGGAACCGGGGCCAACUGUAUCUAUCCGCUUCUUGGUGCAUCCCUUCUGGGAUGGAGUUUCGUCGGGUCAGAUGUGACUGAUGUUGCAUUGGAGUGGGCGGAGAGAAACGUGAAAAAUAAUCCACACAUUUCUGGUUUAAUUGAAAUUAGAAAGGUUGAGAGUGGCAAGAUGACAUCUUAUGGGGAAGAGUCAUGUGAAGGCCAGCUGGUUGACAGUGGAAGCAAUACACUCACACAUGAAAUUGAGGCAAGAAAUCCAGAGCCUGAUUUUCUACUUCCACUCGAAUUGCAUUCAAAUGUGAAUAAGAGUUAUCAUGGACCCCCUGUACUUAAUGGCAUUGUCAGGGACGGAGAGGAAUUCGACUUCUGUAUGUGUAAUCCUCCAUUUUUUGAGUCAAUGGAGGAAGCAGGGUUAAAUCCAAAAACGUCCUGUGGUGGGACCCUAGAGGAGAUGGUUUGUCCUGGUGGAGAGGAAGCUUUCAUCAGCCGUAUAAUUCAGGAUAGUUUUGAAUUGAAGCAGUCUAUCCGGUGGUACACAUCAAUGGUUGGAAGGAAAUCAAACAUGAAGAUCCUGAUGUCAAAACUUCGUGAGGUUGGAGUAACUGUAGUUAAGACAACUGAAUUUGUUCAAGGCCAAACUUGCCGAUGGGGGCUAGCAUGGUCAUUCAUGCCUCCUGCCAAGAAAGUUAUAUCAUCUCAUAUCACCGAGAAGAGUGUGCUCUCUUUCACGCUUGAGGGUCUUCAACGCCAAUACAGUGCAAUACAUGUGUUGCAAUCUGUGGAAACCUUUUUCUGUGGUGCUGGUGCAACUUGUAAAUCAAAUGCUUCUGCAUUUACCCUUGAUAUCACUGCUUCUAAUGAUCAUUUUGAUGCAAUCUUGAAGAAUGAGCUAAGUAAUCUCAGUGAACCUGCACCUUGCCAGUAUAAGGAAGUUGUGUCCAAUGGGUCAGGUUGUUCCCCUCUUCCACUGAAUGACCUUUCUCUUCGUAUAACGGUCUUUCAACAAAUUCCAGGCACGCUUUUGGUUAGAGGUUCAUUGCAGCAUCGAGAGAGCCCAGCUGCAGGUGCAUUCCCAUUGAUAUUCUUGAGAUUGGAGGAAGUUCUCAAACUUAAAUUUUGUAGAGAGAAGGCAUCUGCUGGUGGUUCAUCCAUUAAUCGAGCAAGAUAACCACCAUGUUACAUUUGCUAAAAGUACCCAUCUAAUGGAUGAAUGGGUUUGGAGUUCGAGUAUGAUGUAAAUGUUUGAUUUUAUAUGGUGGUUAUAGGUGCCUAAUAUUGUAUGCUGUACAUUAUUCUACAUUUUCGUAGUGAUAGAACCGGUUCUUUUUUUCAUCUAGCAAAUUUGAAGAGCAUUUCUAGGUGUGACCGCUUGCGGAACUCAAGCACAGUGUUUAUGAAAUUUGUUCGUUUGUCUCCA